AUGAGGUUUUGGACUCCCAUUCUCUUUGCCUUUGCCUCAUUACUAGCUAUAUCAGCUGAACAAUGUGGGAGCCAAGCUGGGGGUGCUCUAUGCCCAAAUGGGCUAUGCUGCAGUAAACAUGGUUAUUGUGGCACCACAGAUGACUACUGCGGAGAUGGUUGCCAGAGCCAAUGCACUGGUGGUCCAACUCCAAGUCCCCCCCCUCCAACCCCCCCUACCCCCUGUGGUGGCGAUGACGACAUUAGCUGCAUCAUCACCCCAUCUCUUUUUGACGAAAUGCUUGCAUACCGGAAUGAUGCUAGAUGUCCGAGUAAUGGAUUCUACCAAUAUGAUGCUUUCAUCACUGCUGCGAAAUCUUUUGAUGGAUUUGGCACAACCGGAGAUGCUGAUACACGAAAAAGGGAGCUUGUAGCAUUCUUGGGUCAAACAUCUCAUGAAACAACAGGUGGGUGGGAUGAUGCACCAGGUGGUCGAUAUGCAUGGGGAUAUUGCUACAUUGAGGAAAGAGAGAAACCGCACAUUCCCUGUGAUGCGAGCUGGCCAUGCAAUCCCGAUAAAGAGUACUAUGGUCGAGGACCCAUCCAGCUCACUCACAAUUAUAACUAUGCACAAGCGGGUGAAGCCAUUGGUGAGGAUCUCAUAAACAACCCGGAACUUGUAGCCAACAACUCAAUCAUAUCAUUCAGGACUGCCAUCUGGUUUUGGAUGACGCCACAGUAUAACAAACCCUCAAGCCACAGUGUCAUCACCGGAAUAUGGAUACCGUCGAAUGCAGACAUAGCAGCAAAUCGGGUCCCGGGUUACGGUGUGAUCACCAACAUAAUCAAUGGUGGGCUGGAGUGUGGCCAUGGUCCUGAUGAUAGGGUGGAAAAUCGGAUUGGAUUCUACAAGAGGUACUGUGACAUAGUUGGGUUGAGCUAUGGGGACAACUUGGAUUGCAACAAUCAAACGCCUUUUAGUUUGGGGUAUGGAAUUGAUUACAAGAGUAUUAGUAAUAUCUGAGUGCGUAAAAUGAUGGGAUAGAGCAUCCUAUGCAACUAUAUAAAUAAAGAGAAUUUGAGAACAACUACUUAUUGUGUUCUCUACUCUAGUAUUAGAAUUUGAAGUUUCUCUGUAAGUUUGUUUAACUCUUUAUUGUAGUGAAUCUCACGGACUCUAUGGAGCAUUUGUGUGUUAUUACUUGUAUUUUUAUUUUAAUAUUUAUUUAUUUUUUUGUUAA